AUGGCUUCGAUCGGAAACCUCCCUUUACAGAGCUCAUACAUUUGUUUGGGACUGAGCUCUUGGAUGUGCUCGUAUUUUAAGGCAAUGUUGAGUGACACUAUGCCGACCAAUUGUAAGACUUUUACGUGUGAAAUUGACUUAAGCGACAGAAAUGUGUCGAAGUAUCGUAUACAGUACUGAAUGGAGUUAGAGGAGCCACCCACUAGUUCGUUUACUUGGAAAAGCCAGAGAAGAAUUUCUUCUCUGUCCUGAGGCUUAAAUCGCCCAUUCUGAAUUGUUGUCAGGUAUGAGCUGAUGUCUGGGGUGCAUGCUUUUCUUCUUAAUUUUUGGUAGAAAGACAUUUACUUAGCGAUAUUUGGGUCGAAAAUUUUUAGAAAACGGCAUUGAGCCGAUAUCUAGAUAUUCCUACGUGGAAGGUUACUUUUGAUAG